GGAACCCGCCCUUAGCAACCGGCCCUGCGACAGUCUCCAUCCGCUGCCGCCCCCUCGCCGGCCCCUGGUUGCCAAACCUCUGCUGCGGGGGCUGGCCGGGCACGGGGAAGGACCGAAGGGGACCCGGCUGUACCCACGGCGGCUGCAAGAGGUCUAAGCAUGGAUGGCAGCCGAAGAGUCAGAGCAACUUCAGUCCUUCCCAGAUAUGGUCCACCGUGCCUAUUUAAAGGACACUUGAGCACCAAAAGUAAUGCUUUUUGCACUGACUCCUCCUCUCUCAGACUAAGUACCCUCCACCUGGUCAAGAAUCACAUGGCUGUUCACUAUAAUAAAAUCCUUUCAGCCAAAGCUGCAGUAGACUGCUCAGUUCCACUAAGCAUGAGUGCCAGCAUCAAAUAUGCAGACCAACAACGAAGAGAGAAGCUCAAAAAGGAAUUAGCACGAUGUGAAAGGGAAUUGAAAUUCACUAAAACUGCAGGGCAGGCCAAUUCUAAAAGUAAUUCCAAGUCAUUGUUUACCACUCUACAAAAGCCUUCAGGAGAACCACAAGAUGAAGAUGAUGUGUUAAUUGAAGAAGUGAAUGGAUUUCCGUCCUUUACAAGGUCACCGGUAACAUCUUCAGAGAGACUACACCCAGGUCUACCUAAAUCUGAGAAAGUCCUCACAAACGGUACUGAGAACAACUCCAGUUCCCCACUGUCUAGCAUGGACUACGCUGCCUCUGGGCCCAGGAAGUCAUACUCUGGAACCUCCUGCAGCAGAGGGCCCAGGGGUGCAUUCCCAAAUUCCCACCGGUUUCAGUUAGUUAUUUCAAAAGCACCCAGUGGGGACCUUUUGGAUAAACAUUCUGAACUCUUUUCUAACAGACAUUUGCCGUUUACCCCACGCACUUUAAAAUCAGAAGCAAAAUCUUUUCUAUCACAGUAUCGAUAUUAUACACCUGCCAAAAGAAAAAAGGAUUUUACAAAUCAGCGGAUAGAAGCUGAAACCCAAACUGAUUUAAGCAGCUUUAAAUCUGAUUUUGAAACCGAUGAGAUUAAGAACUUCACAGAUUCAGAAAUGAAUAUAAAGCAGGGGCGCGAACUGCCCUGGGACGAGACUAAAGAUGGCGCUCUUCAGUGUUCCUCAGCAAGGGCAGUAUGUCAAUAUUCUCUGCAUCCUCCUUCAGAGAGAAAGAUCUAUUCUGAUGAGGAAGAACUGUUGUAUCUGAGUUUCAUUGAAGAUGUCACAGAUGAAAUUUUGAAACUUGGUUUAUUUUCAAACAGGUUUUUAGAACGACUGUUUGAGAGACACAUAAAACAAAAUAAACAUCAUUUGGAGGAGGAAAAAAUGCGCCACUUGUUACAUAUCCUAAAGGUGGACUUAGGCUGCAUAUCCAAGGAAAACUCAGUAAAGCUAGAUGAUGUCAAUAUGUUGCAUUUACCUGAUUUUGAAAAGGCUGAGGAUUCAGACCAAAAUGAAUAUAAAAAUGAACAAGAUUUAGCCAUUCGACAGGAACGUCAACAAUACCGAAAAGCUUUGGAUAUGUUAUUGUCUGUGCCAAAGGACGAAAACGAGGUAGUCUCUUCAUCAAAUGAAUUUUUCCUGCCCGUCUACAAAUCAAAGUAUUCAGAAGGAGUUAUAAUUCAACAGGUGAAUGAUGAAACAAAUCUUGGAACUUCAAUUUGGGAUGAAAAAAAUACAAGUAUGUUAGACAGUGUACUAGACCAGGAAACCUCUGUGAAUGUCAUUGAAGGUGACAGUGACACUGAAAAGGUUGAGACUUCAAAUGAAUUAUGUUGUCUUAGCACAGCACUCUCUCCAUCUGUUCAGUUAUGCAGUAUCAGUGGUGAUAAUCAGAACAUUGAAGGACCAACUCUUAAAAUCAUGGAAAUGAGCAUUGAGGACUGAUCUUUGGAUGUUUGACUAAUAAAUAUCCCAAAUGGCCAGUAA